GAAAAGACAAUUUUCCUUCAAAAGGAUUAUUUAAUGAAUUUGGUAAAUUUAUCAAUCCUGAUGUAAAGCUUGAUAAUGAAAUGAUUUUGGAUAAUCAAGAGCUAAAUGAUUCAUUUAAUCAAUGUGAAAAUGUGAAAUUGGAGAAAUUUGUUGUAAAUGAGAAGGAAGAUGAUGAUUUUGGUGUUUUGAAUGUAGUGAAGGAAGUAGUUUUGAUGAAUUUGAUUGCUAUCUUGGAUAAAAUUUAUAAUUUACGGGUAUUAGAUAGUCACAAAAAUAAAGUAAAACCUGUGUCUAUAGAAGAUCUUGUAUAUAAUUCACAUGAAAUGAUGAAUGCUAACUUGACUUGGAGUUCAUUUAUAGAACUUUGGAGGAGUGAUCAAGGAUGUGUUAUUGAAUUUUACAUGAAAAAAAAUACUUCAUUGAUCUCUUCAGAUUUUGAAAAUGUGGUUUCUGCUAUUCUCUCGGGUAAUUUAAAUCAGGAGAAUUUCUUGAACUUCAAUGAUCAAUUGUUACCAAAAUCAUCUUCUUUUAAUAAUGAUAUGACAUCAUCAAGUAUAAAAUUAUGUGAUCAUCCUGAAAAGGUAUUAUACAACACAAAAAAAAAUUUGAGUUCUAAAUCUUCGUCUUCAGUAUUUGGUGAAAAAAUUUCAGCUGAUGAUGCUGAUUUAUUUGGUUCAAGCAAACCUAAUGAACAAAACAACAAGAUAAUAAUAAUUGGAUUUCAUCUACUGAUCUUUCAUUUUUAUAAUCCUUUACCAAUUCCAAACCUUCAAAUUCACACAAAUUAUCAGCAAGAUACAUUUUUUGAUUUUUCAGAAUUUACUAGUGUUGCCUUCAAAGUUGAAACAGGAAUAAGUAUCACAAAAUAUAUUCGAUUCAAAUCGUAUAUGUCUUCAAUGAAUGUUAGUUUUACAACGGAUUCUUCAGAAUUUGAUGAAAUGGUAUCAGCAUAUAAUCAUUGA